AUGUCUAUUUCCGGAGCUAUGCUUAGUGGGAUGGGUUCUGCGUUAUUGAUCAAGGGAGGCAAGAGAAGCGGCGCCGGCGGUGGAUCUAUGAAUGUUGGCCGAAAGAGUGUGAUAACUGCACCUCAGCGCAAGAAGUCUUGGGUCCUAGCCGCCGUGAAAGGUGAUAGCAACUCAAAGAACGAUCCCAAAUGGCUAGAUGAUGCCUCACAGAAAGCUAGCGAGUUCGUGAAGGACAUGGGAAGCGAAGUGGGGCACGUGACUGCUCAGAAAGGACAAGAAGUUAAAGAUCAUAUGGAGAGUGCAAGAAACUAUAUUGUUGAGAAAGCUGGUGAAGCAAUGGACACGGUGGCUGAAAAUGCUAAGAAAGCUUCGGAGUUUAUGACGGAUAAAGGCAAAGAGACCAAGGAAGAAACUGUUUUAAUAACUGAAAAAGCUAAAGAUUUCAUUGUUGAAAAAGCUGGCGUGGCCAAAGAUUCUGCGACGGAUAUGGGCAAGAAAACUACUAAGUAUGUUGAAGAUAAAGCAGCACAAGCCAAAGAAGCUAUAUUUCCUCCGAAAAAAGAAAAAUAG